UUGGAUGCAGCAGAGACCACAGCACAACCUCCAGCUCUCCACCGUCCGCCGGCGUGUAGCAAAAAUCAAACCCAAACGAUGACAUUACGGCACAGAGGACAGAAGCAAGCCGCCAUUUGACAACUUCCGCCGCUCACCUUCGCCUCGCCGCUCCUUGUUACCUGCUUCAAACACCGGCCUCCCCCCACCAGCCGAUCGGCCCUCCAGCCCAGCAGGACCAUGAUGCUCAGCAGCUCUGUGGAGGUGCCCAGCCCCGGUGGGAUGAGUGGCCUCAGCGGACUGAGCGCGGCUGCGCGGAACGUGGUGCGCUCCUCCAGCAUUUCCGGCGCCAUGUACAACCUGGAGAAGAGUCCCGGGAGCAGCGGCCCGGACACCGGCUCCCUGGCCGGAAACAAGAAGCGGCGCUCCAGCCUGGGUGCGAAAAUGGUGGCCAUUGUGGGGUUGUCACAGUGGAGCAAGAGCACACAACAGCUGAACCAGCAAGAUGGCGCGACAAAGAAGCUCCGCAGCACCAUCAGGAGGAGCACGGAGACCGGCGUUGCCGUGGAGAUGAGGAACCGAGUCACACGGCAGGGUAGCAAAGAUUCCACAGACGGUAGCACCAACUCCAACAGCUCGGAUGGAACGUUUGUCUUCCCCACCACCCGACUCGGACCCGAGAGCCAGUUCAGCGACUUCCUGGAGGGACUGGGCCCUGCUCAGAUUGUAGGCAGGCAAACGUUAGCCACGCCCCCUAUGGGGGAUGUCCAUGUGGGGAUGGUGGACAGAGGAGGGCAGCUGGAGGUGGAGGUGAACCAGGCGAGAGGGUUGAUUCCAAAACCAGGCUCCAAGAACAUCCCAGCAACCUACGUCAAAGUGUACGUCCUGGAGAAUGGCAUGUGCUUGUCCAAGAAGAAAACCAAAGUGGUGAAGAGGAAUCUGGAUCCGACCUACCAGCAGGCUCUGUUGUUCGACGAGAGUCCUCAGGGCAAAGUCCUCCAGGUGAUAGUUUGGGGCGACUACGGGCGGAUGGACCACAAGUGCUUCAUGGGAAUGGCCCAGAUCUUGCUGGAGGACUUGGAUCUGUCCGCCAGCGUCAGCGGCUGGUACAAGCUGUUUCCUACCUCCUCUCUAGCAGACCCCAGCAUCGGACCCCUCACCAGACGCCUCUCCCAGUCCUCCCUGGAGAGCGCCACCAGCCCCUCGUGCACCUAAAGUAGCCAGCCGUGAGCCAGGUCGAGCAGAUCCGGACACACGUACUGUAUUUACACAAAGACUGUAUUUAAACGCAAGACAGGUAGGCAUCCACAACAGACACACCACCGAGUGCAGGAAGCCGCACAACUGACCCUCGCUCUUCACCCACGUGUCCGCCAAAACCCGACUCCCACCCAGAACAUGUAGCAUCACCGCAACAUCUCACCGGGUGCCAAACUCUUCAUCGCAGGUUCACCCUCCAUGCCAGUUUCUAAACUCUCUCUAUGCCAAACUUAAGAGGAAAAAAAAACUAUUUUUUAAAACCAAAGCAAUUGUUAUUGUUGUUCUUCAGUCCUGGGUGACGUAGUAUGGAUAUGUAGCAGAGUCGACGACUUCGAUGUGACGCAAAAAAAUACAAAAACAUUCAGAGCCGAGACGGAAACAAAUACACAGGCUGGAUUAUUCACAUUUAUAUGUGAGGUAGCAACAUUUUUCACAGGGCGGAGUAUAAAUACCGAUCUAUCCGGGCGACAUACAUAUAUAUAUAUUUAUAUAUAUAUAUAUAUAAUAUACCGUCUGUGCUGUAUAUUAUAUAUAUUGGAUCUUUGUGUUUAUGUACGUAUUCUGCAUGUUUGCUUGUUGGUUUGCGACCUUGUACAGACAUUUGGAAGUGCUUGGAUCAUUAUUUGGCGCCUUGACACCUGUGUGACGGGAGAGUGGUGCCGCCUCAGCGCAGAGCAGAGGAGAGUCACGUGGUAGCGAGAGCGAAAUCCCUCGUUCAUCUCUUUUGAGGGCUCCUAGCACAAAGCAUCAUGGGAAAGGUGAAGCGAACAGACGACACAGGGCGUGUGGAGGUGCCGGACGUGCCUACGGCCCAACAUCUACUCACAGCACAUAGUUCUAUUGAAGAAGACCUUUAACCCCACAACCUAGAUCCUAAAAACCCCGUCUUUGAUACCUCAGUGUUGGGUGUCAGUUCAGGUGCAAUAUGUUCUUUUCCCUCUCUGUCUGUCUCUGUCUGUCACUUCGAGUGAGGCGUUGUACAGUGUACAGAUUCCAGACGGCACUUUAACUGUAAGAUAUUGUUGUGGAGUCGCAGCAGCUGUUGACCGGCAGUUUAUUAUACGGCUUUAUUGGACGAGGUCCUGCUGCUGGAGCUGAACGCAUGGAAAUGCAACCGUGUAGUGUUUCAUGGAGAAGCCACAGAAACAGCUGAAAUGUCAGUUUACUUUGGUGGAUCAUAUAUUUAUAUCUAUGAGCAAGGAGGAUUUUUUUGGGUUGUUUUAGUGUCUAGUGAGUGGCUUCUGUCAACUUCCAAACACCUGCACAGGACCAUGGUUCGUAUGUGACACACUUAAACAGCUAGAGAAACUCACAUUGUCCAACAAUAAUUUCAACACUUCAAGUUGAGCCGGGGCUCAGCCCUGGUUCAUAUCGGUUCAGGGUAUUGUGGUGUGGGCGGAGCCUCCUGGACGCCUCAAAUGUCUCUGAGAAACUGACGAAAAUGUUUAGUCAUUCUGCAACAUCAUUGUUUCAGUAUUGAUUCAUGCGCUGUCAAGCUGCAGUAUGCGUCACUUGAGAUUUCUCCUGUUUGACACCGAAAUGAAGUGUCCCUUUACCCUGUCAGGAUGAAAUUUGAUCUGGACUUUGUGAGGAGUCCUGAACGCGUUACGCUGCUGUCGGCUCCAUGUUGAAGACCCACCAUCUUCAGUCUCUACCUGACUCAGUUACGAGCAGGAAAUAAGUUGUACUGCAGUUAGAAACGGUUAUAUACAAGCAGUUCUUGAAUAUAAAAUAAUAGGAUUAUAACUGUAUUUUUGUGGUCCUCCACGUUUUCUGCAAUGAAACCACAAGCCUCUGACUUAGUCGUGCACAAACAGGGGCAGUAGUGAUAGGUAGAUGAGGCUUCAUAAAACAGUACUGCAGUGUUGAUGUGUCAGACCUCUAGAUGGCCCUUUUGGUUUAGAACUGUUUUAGCAGACAGUGCCUCCUGGUGGAAUCUGAAAAUCAGGACACUGUUUCAUGAAACCUCAUCGAACCAUCACUACCGAACAGUGUGUCUGUAACAAGGAGAUUCUGUGUAGGACUAUUUGGUGAUGGGUAGUUGCAGCGUCCUAAAUUUAUAAAGUUAAUCGAAUUAGUCGCUUACAAGUCACUCUACUUGGUCCUGUUACGAUAAGUCCUCGUGCUUGUAAAAGUCGCUGAUAAACUCCCAACUAUGCGUAUUAAAACACAUACUAUGGUAUUAAGGCAAGUACAACCAAAUAAGUCCCUCAAUCUUUGGCACCCAAAUGCGUCACAUCGCUGGCCGAAAAUAAAACCUAGAAUUUUAGAUGCCUGUUAUAGUGAUUUAUUCAAUGGAACACGUGUUGUUUUAAAGCUAAAGCACAAAGUUUGGACACCAUUCAAGUUUCUAUAGUCCACAACAUGAAUCGGCACCACUUGACUGUGUUCUGUCCAGGUUCUGCUGCUGGUAGUUUAUUGGCCAUAAAGCCAAAUUGUUCUAAACCCCAUUUUCUUAAAAGUGUGUAUUCAUUUUCAUGUGUGAUCACAUGAAUCUUGAACAUUAAUGCAGGUGUUUGGAAGUUCACACUUUCACUUUGAAAGAUUUUACAAUAGAAAGUGCCGUUCCAGACCUAACGUUCCAGUUUUCUUCCUGCGCUGACGUCUCCUCCUGUAACUUUAUAUCUUAAUAUAUUUUUGUGGAUCCCGCUGGCAUGAUGUUAAACUAAGGACUCAUAUACUCCAAUGUAAUUUGCACACAUUGAUAUGUAUUCCGUAUUUUGGGGAAUUUAAAAAAAGGACUGGUUUUCAGUGAGUCAAAAAUGACACAAUGAAACCCGACAGUUCUUUUCCUAGCUGCUCAUAGUGUGUAUUUCCUGGUUUGUCGUCCAGUGUUGGCGGUAGACAGGAAUGUUUGAUUUUAAAAAACAAGAUUUGGGAAGUAUUUACCAAAUUAUUAGAGUUUAUCGAGGCAGUUUGCAAGUGUAUAGUCAGUGUAUACUAUAAGGAUUUAUAUUCAGCGGGAUUUAUAUGGGCAGAUUGUCGGUGUCUGGGCCUGAUUUACUCCAAGUUUGUGCAUUUUGUUGGUGAAGCGCUCAUGACACGACAUGCAGGGACUUGACUCUCCACUAGAGGGCGAAACAUGACUUUUAUUAUUCCAGCAUUAUCGUCGAUUUUAAGUCAAAGAAGCGGUUUUCAUUGAUCUUUCAUCUCCUGACUUGAAUCACCACACUCGUUCCUAUGAUGAAAACAAAAACAAAACAAUUGUUCGGAUUUAUUGAAGCUAUAUUACGUUAAAAACGACAUGGAAAUCGACCUUAACUUGGUUGCACAUGUUCUAGUAUCAUUCACUGUAGAACAUGGUGUUGAGCUCUUUGUGUUGUGAGAAUUAUGAAGAACUUUCAAACGCCAGUGUCACAUGACUAGGCAAAUUUAUUCAUUUUCUCCCUUUAAUAUAUUUUUGAACUAUUUACAUUUGAUUUUUGUGUUUUUUUAUUGUCAAAAACACAGCUAAACUGAUAGAAAACUGAUGUUUUCUAAUAUUAAUAUUUAAAUCAUAGGUAGGACUUGAUUUGUGGUUUUACAUUAAUUGAUCAUACUUAAAUAUAUGAUACCAGAAUGAUCAAAUUGAAGUUGAACAUUAGGUUUAUUUGUAUUCAUUUAUGUUUAUUGAAUUAUUAUUUUUCGUAGAAGCUUUUUCUCUCCAUCAUCAUGGCUGUUUUAGCUGUGGCAUCACAUGAUAUGAUGCACCUGGAACUGGGGGCACUGAUUUUUUUUCCCCUGUAAUAAGUGAAUCUAAAUUCACAUGUUUAAGUUUCAGCCCUCAUCUAAAACAUGUAUUUAAAAUUGCAGCUUGUUUUAUAAAUCAUUUUUGCCAGCGCAUGUCAUGUAGCUCGACUCAUGACUUGGACAAGUGAGUUGGGACUCGAACCACCAAUGGAAAGUCAAUGUCACCCUUUUAUUUAUUUAUUUAUUUCUAUGAAAGCCGUCCAUAUAUGAACAAUAGCUGUAGAAAUUGAUUGCCCUUUAGCUCAGCUCUUUAAUUUUGAAGCAGCAACAAAACUGCUUGGGUUUUUCGAUGAUCAAGCUCGAAUCUCAUAGUCCGGUCACUUGCGAACAAAAGGCAGUCGUUGAGCACAACACAAAAACAAGCUGCACGUUGAGAAGUUAUUUUUUAUUGUAAUUCAGGCCUCAGUUGUGUAAAUAUGGAGGAAGAGGAGGAGCUUCAAGAUCAGGGUUUGGGAUAUGAAGGUAUUUAUUUAUUUGCUGCGCACUCGAGUGAGCAGACUGGGAAGAGUGACGCCUCUGAAUGUGCAUGUAAAGGCUUACGACGCAGGAAGGUCAGUGGAGGGCUGGUUUAUUUACAAGGAAUGUACUCGCUCACCUGUUACACAACCAAAACUCUGAGUUUAUCGUGUGCAAAAAUCUUCAAUCAACUUCCCGACGCUUUGUCGGAGACGUUUUAUUUUUGUAAGGAGAGAAGGGACGAGCGGCGCGUGCGCCAACAUGAGGGCUCCUUCAGUUUCUAUGGCCUUAUUCUCGUGACCAAGCUUCACUCUUGUAGCACACAGAAGUAUUUUGCUCGAUUCUGAAAUGGUGUAUAGUUUUAUGAAUGUAUUUCUAAAGCUUUCUGUCUCUUCCCGGGACGUCGCCGCCUGCGCCCCGAUCUGACUGUACUGUAAAUGUUUGUCGUUGCCAAACUUUCCGAGCUGAAGUCAAUUUGUUUCUUUGUUUGUUUUGAGAUGGAAACUGUUUGCUCUGUAUCAUCCACCGCACUGACCUUUUCUCUGCGUGGGUUUGACGAUUUUGAUGCCGAUUUAUGACGUAGGGAAGUUAGCGCCCUCUGCAGGGUGAAAAUAAGCCUGCGUGCCAACGAUUCAUUCAAUAUUUAAUAUUCAGAAAAUUAUUUUUAGGGUAGAGUUCUUGUUGGUUAACGCUAUGUCUAACUCCGGGAUGGUGGGUACAAAAAAGUUUUUCAAAAUUAAAUUUGAAUUUAAAAAAAAAAAAUUGAAAUCGGAAGUUUUCCUGCAUGUUACAACACGAAGUCUAAAAAAUGGUUUAAUAAUCUGAGUUUAUUUUUCUAUAACAGCAUGAGUCUGGAUUUUAAUGCAUCCUGAGGCCUUUAGCCUUCUAUCAUCCAAGAGAUUCCUGGCAAUAAACAAAAUUUCACUGACAAGAAAUCGUCCCCUUUUCAGAGCAACAUAUUUCCAGUUUGUCUUCAAGUCCAUUUGAACUGUCAGCACAAGUUUACCAUUGUCUCUUAAGGCCACAGUAGCGCCCCCUUUGUGUGCCCCCCCUAAGGAAAGACAACCAUCCCUCUGUCGACUGCGGAAACAUUUGAAACGAAAUCCAAAGUCAGAUUUUACCGACCACACACUUUCUUUUCGCCAAAACCGUUGUGAGGCGUCGACAGACGAGCGGUUUUCUUUCCAAAAACACGGCCUUAACAUUCCACAGUAUUCACAAAAGGGCAACGUUUGGCUGAGUGCUGGAUAAACGGAUGCAGUGGUGGAGGGAGAAGGGAGCCGUAAUUUUCUACCCGUGCUUUGUAAAUGUUUUCUAUGUGCAGUAUUUGAUAAUGUAAAACUGGUAUUUUUGUGGUUUGUAUGCUGAUAAAUUGAUAACUUAAGGUGCACGUAGUUUUUUUUUCUUUUUCUUUUUCUAAGAAAACUGAAAGUAAAACACACAAAAACAGAUCAUUUUGGAGUCAGAAGCCUGUUACUGCAUGGACGCAAUGUCAAUAAAGUUUAU